AUGAAAGCACCCAGAGAUCGGGAGGUCAUACACUGCUCUGGUUCACUGAAUUCAAGUCUCCCUCAUUGUUAUUCCCAGUAUACAUUGCUUGAAGCCCACCUAUUUACUAGCCCCAAGUUAUUUGGAACCUUGAGUAUGAGCUUUAUCCGCCGUUCGUUUCUACAUGCAGCAGGGAGACACCAUAUCCGCCCAUACUUGGGAUUUCAAUUACCUCGGCCGCCUUCUAGUCGAAGAAGUUUCGCCAGCGAAAAGCCGAGUGGCCAGGCAAAAAGCCCCGGGUGGUUGGUCUCAGUCUCCAUUUUGACAUAUAUUGCACUAGUCGCAUCUGACUUACACAUAAUUCCUUACAAUAGGUUACUGGUAGCAAUUGGUCUAGGGCUACCAAUAUCGAUCUACCUGUGGCAGAGAGGCGAUAGGAAUAAGCCUAGCACCAAGGCUCCUCCGGAGCCACGUCCAGAGCCACGCGGAGCCGCCAAAGAGUAUAGUCAGAGACCAGAGGGCGGGCAGGACGUACCAGGAUCUUCUGGUUAUGAUGUGCCUCGAGGCAUGGGUGCACCCGCUGGACCUGGAAGCAUCUCGCAGAAGCAGGAAGGCCUCUCUAGUGCAGAUACCAUGCACCCAGCUGUGAAUGAACCUGGCAAGAGUCAAAAGGGUGAGGGUGAGACAGAGAGUGUAAAACUAAAAGGGUCCGUUAGGCCAGAUCGACCUCAGGUUUGA